UUUUCUCCAUACAGACAUCUAUCUUAGACCCUUGCAUAUACCAACUUCCAACUCAUUGUGCCUUUUCACUUUAUCAAUCAUAACCACCAAAUCCUGAAGACCUUUUUCCAUUCUUAUUUAUAAGUGUGAGAAACCUAGGUUAACAAAUUAAGAAAAGAGUCAAAAUGAAGUUGUUUCAAUGGGUUCAUCGAAAACUGCGGCAGAAUGAUAAUGAUACCUUCAAGGAUGUCAAGCUUGGAAAUCCUUGCGCUUGUCUUACACUUGACAGCCAAUACUCUCAGACAAAGCAAAGCUUCAGUUCCAUUAACCAACUCUGUUUCGUAAAGUCACACCAUCAGGAAAGUCAAACAUCUUGGCGCAGGGAAGAAGAAACAUCUGCAGUCGUCUCGGAGCUCUUUGAAGGCUUUCUGACAAUUGGAACACUUGGUGCAGAGGCAGUUAUCAAUGAGCCAGCAACGCCAACAUUUGCCACGCCUUCAGAAAACAUACCUAUGAAAGAUGCAGACGUGACAGAGAAUGAACUGAAGCUCAUAAGUUACGAGCUUGAGAAAUUUCUUGAGACUGAAGAAGAAAGUUUCAAUGAAUCAUCAGGAAGAAACAGCCGUCUUAGUCUGAGCAACAUCAAAAUUAGCGGAAAGCAAACAGAUGGAUCCGAAGAUGAAGAUUGUGGAAACAAGGAUGUCUGUCCACUGCAAGGAUAUUUAUUGGGCUCGUCGUUCGAAAUACCAGAAAAAGUACAAGUGAGGAAAGAGAGGGCAUCGCUUGCUGAGCUAUUUCAAAGGACAAAGACAGCAAAUGAAGACUGUAUAGAGACAGGAGUAAAAGACACACAAGUCAAGCAAGCACACAAGUCACCGAUGCAUAUUAUGAAAAAGAUGUUGAAAAUGGUCCACAUUUCCUCAAAAAGCUGCAACACCUCCGAGAAUAUCGCUGAUUCUACUACAACCAAUAAAAAACUCAGUAAGGUUCUACGCAAGUUUCACAGAAAAGUCCAUCCUGAAGACACCUUAAAUGCAAAAAGUGUUACUAAAUCCCACAAAGAUAAGAUUAAAAAUCUUCCUCGUGAAUGCUUUGAUGAACACUGUGAGAUCAACUGGAAUCCACCGCAAGAUGACUUAUGUUGCAGUGGUUCGACUGGGAACAAUGAGCACUGGAUCAAAACAGAUGCCGAGUGUAAGUACUAUAUAUCUCUAGAAUCUAAUUAUUCAAGCACAAAAAUUUGAUAAAUAUAUUCCAUCAGCAUCAUUUUAAGUUUUCGUAUAGUCUUCUUUAAACAACAUAAUAUGCAGUAUAAAAGGAGUGAUUGACAGUAUAAUGGAAUGCCAUUUUGAAAUUUUCAUGAUAUGGUGAGUGUUGGACCGAUGUUAUUAAUGGAAUAUAGGUAGUCAUGAUAAGUGAUUGUAUUAUAUAUUGGGCUGCAGUGGUCUAAGCUUGGGGGUUCAUGAUCAAAAAGGUCUAACCAAUUGGA